GAAGCAGCUAUACAAAGUGAGACAUGAUUUGUCUAUGGUGAAUGAUCUGUUGUUAAAAGGCAAUAGACUGGUGAUACCUCUGACUCUUCGAUCUCAAAUGCUCGAGAAGAUUCAUGCAGGACAUCAAGGAAUCCGUAAGUGUCGAGAGAGGGCAAUGACAGCUGUAUGGUGGCCAGGACUGAGUGCAGAAAUCAGAUCUGUUGUUGAACACUGCAAAAUCUGUUCAAAGUACAGGAGAAAUCCAACUGAACCUCUCCUACCAACACCAAUUCCUGAUCGACCUUGGCAGAGAGUAGGUACAGACCUGUUUGAACUCAACAAAGCAAUGUACAUACUGGUCAUUGACUACUUCUCAAGGUACAUAGAAGUCAUCAAGCUGUCUUCUACAACAUCAAAGAGUAUCAUCAACAGUUUGAAAUCUGUAUUCUCUAGACAUGGGAUACCAGAGGUAGUUAUCUCAGAUAAUGGACCUCAAUAUUCUUCACAGGACUUCUGUGAGUUUGCUCAUCAGUACAACUUUACUCACAUCACAUCCAGCCCGUUGUAUCCAAGAAGCAAUGGAGAGGCUGAGCGAGCUGUUCAGUCAUGCAAGAAUAUGUUGCGUAAAGCUGAUGAUCCAUAUCUUGCAAUGUUGGAAUACAGGUCAACACCUGUAUCUGGUGGAUUAUCUCCAAGUGAGCUUUUAAUGGGAAGAAAGCUGAGAACAAGCUUGCCAUGUCAUCCUACACAACUACAAUCCAAACAUGUGGAUGUGAAAAGAUUCAAGCAAACUGAAUCUGUGAAAAAACUAAUAAUGAAAGAUCAGUAUGAUCAUCAUCAUAAUGUGCGACCAAUGUCUGAGCUCAAACCUGGUGAUUGUGUUUGGGUAAAUCAGUCCGAGUCGAAAGUGGUCGGUAAAGCCGACACCCCGCGGUCAUAUAUUGUGUCAACCCCAAAGGGGGAGGUGAGGCGCAAUAGAUGUGAUCUCAAGUUAAUUCCUGGAACAAAGACUUGAUCUUUGAAAUGCAUUUUUCAUUGUAUUUGAAUAGCAUUCAACAGCGAUGUUGUAUCAGUAAUUUUGAAGUUAUAGCAAUGAUCGUUAUAAUGUUCUAUUUUAGAAAACACUUAAAAAGAGUACUGUUUAACAAGAAUGAUCUAGUAACAUUGACUAAGUGUUAAGGCUUUAUUUCCAAUAUAGUGUUAUGCAUAAUACAUAUGCUUCGAAGUGUCAAAUGUUAAUUUCACUUAAGAAAGUAUGAUCAUUUAUUUGCAAUCGUUAUUGCAUAUUUGUGUUUAAAUGCAUUUAAAUGUGUUAGGCAUAUAUCUGUCUGUAACUAGAACAUGUAGAAUGCAUUAAUGUUUACUUUAUUUCAGUUGCUUAAAGUUUUGCAAUUAUCUUUCCUAGAAAGGGGGAUGUAGGGUUAUCUAUAUUAUAUAUGACUAUGAUUAGGUGCUCUACCGCCUAAACAUUACUAACUCUGUUAUGCAUGACUGAAGAGAGGUGAGAGUGAGCUCCCCUUAGAUCAUUGACCAUGUGGAGGAUGUAUACUCAACACUCAGCACAAUAAACCUACUAUCUUCAAACUAUAUAUACUGUGGUAUAUUGAGAAGACAUAACAUAAAGUAUUACCCAGCUAUGAAACCAUUCAUGUGUCGCAAAGAGAACAUUGAUAGUGGGCAGCAAAACGUAUUAAGAGUUACCUCCCUUGAUAAUGCGAAGGAGCCGUCUGGCAUAAGGGCUAUUCACUGUACAUCAAUAAAGGAGGUUCCAGCCUGCGUCCCUGAGACAAGGUAUGCAUGAUUAACUAUGUAUAGACUGUACUUUGUUUUAUCUGGAAGGAUUUGUUCAAAUAUAUAUGCCAAAAGUAAGUAACUAUAGAUCUAAAUGUAUUAUUAUUAUUGUUGUUAUCUUGUGCCUUUAUACUGUCCAUACCCAUGAUAUUUAUAUCAAAUUAUGUAUGUUUUAGGGCAGAUCCGGACUAUCGUGAAGUUCUCACUCUACGCCCAUUGAAAAUAAAUCCCUUCUGACCCAA